UUACACUUGCCGCACCAAUACAAAUGCGCCCGUCAAUGUCCGUGGCGAGGUCCGGAGCCGGAGAGGCCGCAGCGCAGGCGGCAGGAAGUGGCCAUGCCGAGCCUGUUGGACAGCUCGAGCGGCCUGUGGACCGUGCUCGGGCAGACCUCGAACGUGGUGCAGCUGGUCGGCGUGGACGCGCUCGGGCUGGUGUCCAUGGUCGUGCAGGCCGCGCUGGCGGCGCGGCGCCACCGGGACGCGUGCUGGCGGCUGGCGCAGCACGUGGAGAUCGUCGGCGGCCUGCUACGGGAGCUGGAGCUCGCCGAGCUGAUGCGGAGGGAGGCCACGCGGCGCCCCCUCGAGCAGCUCCGGGGCGCGCUGCGGCGGUGCUACGCGCUCGUCACGGCGUGCCAGGACUGUGGGUACCUCCGCAGCCUGCUCGUCGGCGCCCGGAUGGCCGAAGAGCUACGCACCGCGGAGCAGGAGAUCGACAUGUUCAUCCGCCUCAUCCCGCUCAUCGCUCUCGUCGACACUACUCACGAUCGUUGUGUCACGCAGGCUGCAGAGGGAGUGGCAGGUGUAAUCACGAACGGUUCAAGCCACCACAUCAGGUUCCCAAGAAGUACUUCGGACUUCACCAAAAUACAAAUUCAAGGAGCUACUGAAGUUUGCAAUGUUGCAAAGCAACCGUUAGCAGGAGCAAUGGACUUGCAAGAACAGAAAAUUCUGGACAUUGAAGGAUUGUUGGAGCUUUGUACCCGUACUGAAGAGAGUUUCCCAGCAUUCACAAAGUUUGAUUUCGUUCAAAUUGUCAAUGCUACAGACAAUUUCUCAGAAAAUAGAAACGUUGGGUGGGGUGGCUUUGCUACAGUUUACAAGGGUCAGUUGCCUGAUGGACUCAUGAUUGCCGUCAAAAGGUUCGAUGAACAUGCUACAUUAUUUUAUUUCAAGAGUGAAUUUCUGCUUGCGAGGCUUCAGCAUACCAGGCUACUGGGGUGGUGCAUCCAUGGGAAAGAAAGGAUUCUAGUGUAUGAGUUCAUGGACAAGGGUAGCCUGCACAGGCUCAUCUUUGACAAAAUAAAGGGUCCGUUGCUUGACUGGUCUAAGCGACUUAAUAUAAUUAAAGGAUUAGCGGAUGGACUUGUUUAUCUGCACAAGCACUCCAUGUUACGGAUUGUCCAUAGGGACUUGAAGCCAAUGAACAUCCUCUUAGAUCAUGACAUGAACCCAAAGAUUGCUGAUUUCGGAUCAGCUAGAACACUGAGUUCAGAUGUAGCAGAAGAGUGUACAAGCAGAGUUGUUGGAACUAGUGGUUACAAAGCUCCGGAGUAUGCAUGUCGAGGCCUUUAUUCAGUCAAGACAGAUGUAUUUAGCUUUGGGGUGUUGGCUUUAGUGAUCAUCAGUGGGCGAAAGAAUACCAUACUUGAGCAACAAGGAGAUACUGUUGGCAAUCUCAUACGAGAUGCAUGGCAACUGUGGAAUGAUGGACGGCUACAUGAUCUUGUAGACCCAUUGUUGAGUGAUGGAUAUGAAAUCGCUGGGAUAAUGCGAUGUGCUCAGGUGUCACUACUCUGUGCUCAGGAAGAUCCAGAAGAUCGCCCCACAAUGUCGGAUGUAGUUGCAUUCCUGAACUUUGAAAGCAUAAGUUUAUUACCGAUUCCUAAGCAACCAUCUGAGCUGAUUAAUGGAGGUGCUAUUGACAACAAGUUAUCGACAGACAUUGGUCAAUCAAGCAGGACAAUAGACAUAACCAUCACAAGUUCAGCUCUAGUGUCAACUAGAGUCCGCAUCAUUGUAGACCCAGAGACCUGAUAUGAUAAAAGAACAUUUAAUAGAAGGAAUUUGAAAUGUGAUGAGCUUUCUCCAGUUAGUGUAAAAUUGUCAGAUGUUGAGAAUAACAUUUUUCUUUUUUGGAAAUAAUAUUAUAUAUAUUAUAUUAUUUUUUAU